AUGUUAGGUAACGUAUACACUGUUCCGAAAUCAGUUAAAUAUAUUGAAAGUGACUCAAUUCGUAAUGUUUAUGCAGCAGAUUUAGCUGAAAUUAAUGCUUUGGAUGAUGGUACUACUGAAAAGAAGCCAAGAGAUCAAAAGGGAGGCAUUGCUGGAUCCGCAAUUCUCAAGAUUCCUAAAGGAGACUUCAUUUACAUGUCGCCACAAGCUGAGCGAUAUUUCCUACGAUUUUGCUAUGAUAAUGACAAAUAUUUAAGAACCAAUGAUCAAAAUGUUAAAACUUAUGAUACUUCGUAUUAUGCAACUGAUGAUUAUCACUAUGAAUUUAUCCUUCAAGGCUCAAAAUAUACAAUAGAAGAUUGCUCUGAAAAAUUAACAGAUCUAUACAAAUGGCGGCAUGUUGAAGGAUUCAGUAAAGCAGAAAUCGGUUUAAUAGCUUUCAUAGCUGCGGCAGGUUUAAUUAUAAUCAUCCUGCUUAUAUUAUACCUCCUCCCAUUAUGCAAACACGCAGCAUGA